GUGCGCCGGGGCGAGGGGCGGCCGGGGCCGUGCGGCCGCGUCCUCCCUGCGCCGGGGACAGCGGCAGGAGGGCAGCGGAGGAGCCCCGGCGGAACGCUGCCGUCGGCGCGAUGCGGCGCAGGUCGGUGCCGAGCCCUGAGGAGGGGUUAGAAGAUGGUGCGUGAAGCUGCGGCUGGGCUCCCUGAGCGAAGGGGCCGCUCCGGGGCUCGCCCCGCCGCCUGCCCGAGAGGUGCGCGGGCUUAGGCCGGGCAUGGAGGGCUCGGGCGAUGCCUCCCGGGCCGGCGCCGACUGGCGCCUGGCCGUGUGGACGCUGUGCUCCGUGCUGCUGCCCGUGCUCAUCACGGCCUGGUGCAGCUUCCAGCGCUCGCGGCGGCAGCUGCUGAUCCGGGACAUCUUCCGCAAGAGCCAGCACGACUGGCGCUACACGGACCUGUUCGGGCAGCCCUCGUACUGCUGCGUGUGCGCCCAGCACAUCCUGCGCGGCGCCUUCUGCGGCUGCUGCGGGCUGCGCGUCUGCGAGGCCUGCCUCAAGAAGGCGGAGCGGCGCUUCCUCUGCAAGGAGAUCCUGGUGAGGGGCGCCCCGGGAGCGCCCGGCUCCAUGCCGCACCACUGGGUCCGGGGCAAUGUCCCGCUCUGCAGCUGCUGCGCGGUCUGCAGGCAGCAGUGCGGCACGCAGCCCAAGCUCUGCGACUACAGGUGUGUGUGGUGUCAGUACACUGUUCAUGAUGAAUGCAUGGUGGAUUGUUUGAGGACUGAGGAUUGUACAUUUGGAGAAUUCAGAGAUUUAAUUAUUCCACCCUACUAUUUGUCUGCAAUCAACCAGAUGCGUAAAGAGAAAAGAACCAACUAUGAAAAGGUGGGCCCUUACUGCAGGAAACACUGGAUGCCAGUAAUGGUGCUGGCUAACACUCGUAGUGGAAACAACAUGGGUGAAACUUUACUAGGAGAAUUUAAAAUGCUGCUGAACCCCGUUCAGGUUUUUGAUCUCAGCAAAAUUGCACCUGCUAAAGCUCUCCAGCUCUGCACUUGGCUGCCUUGCAAUGCUGUCAGGGUUCUGGUCUGUGGUGGGGAUGGCACAGUGGGCUGGGUCCUGGAUGCAAUUGAUGAAAUGAAGAUAAAGGGGCAAGAACGAUAUAUUCCACAAGUUGCAAUUUUACCUCUGGGAACAGGGAAUGACCUGUCUAAUACACUGGGCUGGGGUGCAGGUUAUGCUGGAGAAGUGCCUGUAGAGCAGAUCUUACGAAAUGUCAUGGAGGCAGAUGGAAUCAAACUAGACAGGUGGAAGGUUCAAGUAACAAACAAAGGAUACUACAACUUAAGGAAACCAAAGGUAUUCACAAUGAACAACUACUUCUCUGUAGGACCUGAUGCUCUUAUGGCUUUGAAUUUCCAUGCCCAUCGUGAGAAAACUCCCUCUCUGUUUUCCAGCAGAAUCAUCAAUAAGGCUGUUUAUUUUUUUUAUGGAACCAAAGACUGCUUAGUACAACAAUGUAAAGAUCUUAACAAAAAAGUUGAGCUAGAGUUGGAUGGUGAGAGGAUUGAGUUGCCCAAUUUGGAAGGCAUCAUUGUGCUGAAUAUUGGAUACUGGGGAGGUGGCUGCAGGCUCUGGGAAGGAAUGGGGGAUGAACCUUAUCCUUUGGCAAGACAUGAUGAUGGACUUCUGGAAGUUGUUGGUGUUCAUGGUUCUUUCCACUGUGCCCAGAUCCAGGUGAAGCUGGCAAAUCCUGUUCGCCUAGGGCAGGCACACACAGUGAGGCUGAUCCUGAAGAGCUCCAAGAUGCCCAUGCAGGUGGAUGGGGAGCCCUGGGCACAGGGGCCCUGCACUGUCACCAUCACUCACAAGACCCACGCCCUGAUGCUGUACCACUCUGGGGAGCAGACAGAUGAUGAUGAUGCCUCCAGCCUGUCAGAGUGACACCAGAGCAGGGAGCAGGUGGAUCCAGACCUGGAGAUUUUGUGCAAUUGGAAUUUCUUGUGCAGCAGUGAGGAACUUCAGCUCGUUAAAACAUCGAUGUCUGAUCAGGACUGAGCUUUAUGAACUAAGGUUCAUACUUGUGAAUGAACUGGAGCUGAGGAGAAAGCCAUGCUUCUGCACUCAUGGAAACUUUCACAGCUGAAUUACUACAACUGGUUUGCUUUUGGGUUGGUGGGGAUGCCCUCCAGCCUUUCCAGCUCUAAUGGCUGGAAAGGGACAGAUGCUGCACCCCUUCCUUGCUGUGCAGUCAGGUCUUCUGCACACACACAGCACCAUGUUUCAGAGAGAUGUUUCAUACCCUUGGAAAGGGGAACAGCUGGGGGUUUGACCUGCUUCCACCUGCCCCAGACCAAGCAGAACAUGGGUGGAUGCUCUGACAGCAGCCUGCUCCUGGCUGCCAUCUCUGCUUGGGAGCAAGAGCAGUAACUCUGUGCACCUGCUUGUGCAGUCAUUUCUAAUAAGCUUCACUGGGAGAGUAGAGGAUCUAGGAGCUCUGGGGAAGGUACUCAGCAAGAAAAUUGCUUUUGGACCAAAGGUUUCUGGAAAUGUUAUUUAAAAAAUUACCUUUUUCAGUGGCUUUGUAAGCCAAAGAGUACCCUGAGGUCUUGAGUCCCCAACAUACAAUUCAAAAUACUUGUACCAUGACUUGCACUGAUUGAUCCUGUAACUUGACUUUGCUUCAGUUCAGUGAGAGAUUAAUUCUAGAUUUUGCAAAUAGCAACAUCAUAGUUUUUGGCCAGGGUUUUUGGAGGAAGACUUGGACAAAGGAGCAUCUUUAUUAGCUGUUUAGAGAGAAGGGUUUAAAAGAAAGGAGGUUCAGAACACCUACAGCAGCACACAGGGACUGUCAGCUUGGCGUGUCUGAAGCUUCUCAGGUUAAAAGCUUCUCAGGUGAAAACAUCUUCAUGGUUAACAAAAGUAAAAUAUCUUACUCCUGUUCUUUUUAUUGUAAGAAUUUUAAGCCUGCAGCAGGUGAGAACUGAAUUGAGGUUUAAAAUAUCUCACUGAGUAAAUUCAGUUUAGUUACUGAAGGUGCUCUUCCAAGUAGGAAGAGAAUUUAUCCUGUGUAAGCCAAGUUUGUAAGAAGGUGAGAGCUUUGGUCUGAACUUGGAAUGUUGCUGCUUUUGUCACAAUCCCCCAGGUUUUAAUUUUUUUUUUCUUUAUGCUGACUGAAAAUGAGACCAUUGGGUAAAGUAGGCUGUGUUUCUAGAGUUUUUUUAGAUGAAACCAUUUUUUGGAAAUCUGUAAAAUGAUGUUUGCAUUAACAGUGAACAAUCUAUUUAUAUUUUAAAAUAAUUUAUUGAAACUUGGCAACGUCAGUAUUUUUAAAACCUUCAACUGUAAUCCUCUUUGGAAAGCAUUUUUAACUUGAUGGUAUUCCUUGUAGAAAGUGUAUGUACUAGAACUUCAAUACUACUGAUUCUCAGUGAAUUUGUAGCAGUCUGAAAAUGUGAUUAGAGUGUAAUGAACUGUAAAGCAGAAGCCAUUUGUAAAUUCCAUAUUCAUUAGCCUUAUACACAUAACUUUAAUUAUUUUAUUGUAUGUAAAUAUAGAUGAAAAAUAAUAGUAAAAUAUAUGUAAAAAGUGUUUAAAAACCCUAAGUAUGCUAUGCUAGAUGAAUCCAUUAACUUUCUUUUUUAGUUAUGAGCUUCAAUUUCUAUUAGCUUCAAAAAUCUUACCAGUUAUUAUUUUUUUAAUAAUUUGUAACCAUCAGCACCCUAAAAGUAUUUAAGUUCUGUGCUGUAGUUCUUACAUAAUUGUUGUUUACAAACAAAUGAGGAAUCUCUGGGAAAGCAGGGUAUGUGCUCUGAAAAGCAGUAUCUGAAGUGACACCACUGGCUACUUUAAACUAUUCAUAAUGCAGUUUAGACUUCCCUGAAGUUGAUCAGAUAAUUAUUCAAAUUGGUUUAUAGCCCAAGAACCUUUAACUGUUGAAAAACUUUACUCUUUUGACUGCUGACAUCUAGAAAAGAAAUAAUUGAUGCCAAGGUUGGAAGUCGCCCUGUGUUCCCACUGCAGCUUGCCAUGAGUUCAGUCCAGCAUGUGUGAAAUCCUCUGGAAAGGGUAAAUCCAUCAUUCCUGCUGGAGAAACAAAGUGAAGGUAGUGUCUAACUGGGUGCUUGUUUGGGAAAACCACUGCUGAAUGAUCCUGGUUUUGGAGGUGAAGAAGUUUGUGUCUCACCAAUGCACUGUAAGUGGUGGCAGUGAAUGUGGCCGUGGUGGCUGUGGGGAGGCCUCUUGUGAAACUGUAUUUGUGGUUUGGAGAACAUUCUGUAAGGCUGCAGUGUCCAUUGUGACUCUGUAGCUGUCAUUUGUGUGGCAGAAAAAGGGCUUGUAAAACACAGUUAGCCCUGGAGUCUGGGAAGCCUUGCUGUUUCCAGCUGAUCUUUGCUCUCAGUGUUUCCUCCUUUCUGCUGUGCUGCAAAUUGGGUUAAAGCCUGUCUGGAAUGACUUGGUGGAGCCGUUUCCAGUUUUAGCCCCAGUCUGGCCUCAGCAGUGGGCUCCAGGAUUGUCUGGCACAGCAGUCUGGGCUUGGCUCAUUUGGAGCAGAGCUGGAGCUGCCCAGAGCUGUGGUGUGCAUCUGUAAACUGCUCCCUGCUUUUUAAACGUAGGUGCACAGAGCCCCAUUGCAAACAGCUCCUCCAUGCAAGGAGUUACUCCUUGUAGAGUAACCCCCACAGCCUGUUCUGUGUCUGGAGAGGGGACUCUGCAGCUGAGCUCCUGUGCUGCACUGGAGAGUUUUCCCUGAUCCCGUUAAUCAUAAACAUUGGAAAAAUAGAGAAAACAAUAUUUUAAAAAGCCAAAUAACAAACUGUUUCUUCUGCCAGUAUAUUAUAGCUUUGUGUAAAAUGUACAGGGUAAACAAUAACACUGAUUGUCAAGCAGUUUGAAGUGAGUCCAUGAAGUUUAUUUUUUAGUUGUAUUGCUGCAUCCAGUAGCAAGUUUGGUCAGUUUCUGAUAACUUUCUUUAAGGUAGGUUCUCAGUCCUGUGACAGGCAAUACAAAAAGCAUAAAUCUGCGUGGAGAGCCUUUCUGUGGCUCAGCUCCUUGCCUGGCUCCAUUGUACUUGUUCACUCAGGUUGAGAGGAUGUGCUGGGCAUUUUUAUGUGCACAGAACCUCCUGUCACUUUGUCAGACAAGAAAAUUGGAAUGGCUUCACAGAGCUGUUCUUGGCCCAGUGACCCACCUGGUUGGUUUUUCCAGCCACCAUCACCACUAAAGGUUCCCCAAUACCCCUGGCCUGUAUUGAAAGUACAAUCUUUGUUCUCAUUGCUGCUGGGGAGGAACGUCCCUUUUCUCCACAGGUUCUGAGAACUGAUCCUUGAAGGGUUUGGUUUCAGUCUGGCCAAUUCCUUCUGGUUGUGUGCUACAUUGCACUGAAGCUUUUACAGUGUGUGUUACUGUAUCUCAGUGGUUAAAUAAAAAGCUCUGCACCUUCAGCUGUGAUCAGCACAAUGGCAUCAGUGUUAGGGUAGUUACUGGUUUUUACCUGGCAACAAAUGCUUUUGGUAGAGCAGCACUGUAACCCAGUUAUUCUCUGGGGAAGAGCAGGACACUUAAAAUCUGCAUGUGUUCUUACUGUAAUGACUACUAGCAGUUUUCUUUGUUUUGGAAAAUAAAAAAUGAAGUCUUCAGUUGGAAUUAAAUUAGACUGUCUUCAAAAAUGCUAGGAUGUAACUGAUUCUUUUGAAUGUCAACCACUUAAUUAAAGAUGCAGGUUUCUUCUGAGAAAUGAGAGGUGCUUCUUGAACAAAGCAGCAGAAUCCACUUCUUCCUGUGCUAAUUAAGUAAAUGGAGAGAAUUUACACUUUCUUUGUUUCAGCAAUGUUGAGGCCACAGUUCUCAAGCACGACGUGAUCAUGAUUUUAUCAUCUAAGAGUGCUGAAUACCCAAUUCAGGCUUUGGGCAUCUCAGGGAGAUACUUCAAGCUGGAAUAAAGCCACAUGCCUUGACUAAACCUAGUUGUGUUGUGCAGACUGACCUUAGCUGAGGAUCUGGCCCUUAACUGUUCAAAAGUAUGAAUGUGCUCAAAAUUGUACUUUUUAAUACUGCCCUGUGUCCUGUGCUGUCCCCCUACUGCUGUGUGUAAUUAAUUCUUUGCAUUGUUUAAUUUGCAACUUGUUUGUAGAUUUCAGCAUAAAAAUAGUUUUCUUUUUAAGAUUAUGUAGGAACUUACAUUGUAUGUGAGUUUAUUGCAUUCUGUACCUUCAAGGUUUACAUCCCUCAAAAGCCAUUUUGUCUGCUACAAACUGCUGUAAUCCUUUGAGUACCUCCAGCCAUCCUCUCUUUCUAGGAUUUUUGUAGUUAAACAGAAUGGAUUUUUAUUUUUGUAGCUUGUAACUUCAGUAUGUAUAGUAAUUGUUUAGUAAGUAGUGAUCAGAAUACUGUAAAAUGUUGCUUUUAAGAGCUGUAACUUUUAAUUAGUAAUUGCUACUUACAAGGAAAUGUCAGCAUGGUAACAGUUUUAAAAAGUAUAUUCUUUAGCUACACAUGCUGUGAUGCUGCCACGUGGGAUUUAUAUUGAAUGUUUGUCUAUAUGUUAUAAAGUGGCGCUAAACAAGGAAAAAAUGAGCCUAAAGUGCAAUAAAUAGCUCAAAAAAUAGAAUUCGUAACAUUUUAGGCAGUUUUCAAUUGAGAAAGGUGACAUUUGGGAUUCAGUAUGUUUUUAUUUCCCACAGAGCAGUGGGAGUGAUCAGGGGACUCUUGGCAGAUCAGUUGUUUCCUUAUGGUGUAGCUGGAGCUCUGUAUUUCGUGCCCAGCUGUGAGCAGACACUGCACCAUUCCUGCCCCUCAGAGAGCAAAACCCAGAGCAAGCCCGUGGCUCUCAGCUGUACAGGGUGUGAGCUCUUGCUUGCAUGAAAGAACCAGUUACCGUGAUCUUGGACCUCCAGAAUAAAUGUUUAAAUCAAAAUUGGCAAUUUUUACCUUGACAUCAAGCCAUGUUUUCAAACCUCAAACUGGUUUUCCUGUGGUUUUGAAGAGAGGGCAGGCUGAAAUGGAAGGGUAAGGAGGUAAUCCCUUAAAAGUCAUUGUUAUAAAAGCAGAGACAUCUGGUUUUAUUUGCUGCAGAGGCAGUGAGUGUGCUUUUGUCUCAUACAGAUUGGAUGGUUAGUGCAGUGGUUAGAUGGGCACAGUGUGUGGUUUGGGCCAGGUUCAGCCUGAGAAGCUGCAGCUUCAGUGGAGCCACAGAACUGCCCUGUUCUGUGGGUGCUGCACAUUAUGGGGAAACUGAAAACUUGAGUUGGUUGUACCAUGGCCUCUCUCUGUGACUUACACUCCCUAAAAUUCUCUAUGGAGAAACAUCUGCUCUAUAUUCUUCAUAAAAAUUGGUAAAUACAGAUUUUUCACAGCACUGGCUCUGUUACUGAUUUUCCUAAUGCAUCUGUUUGUCUUGUUAUUUGUACUGUAUUUCUCUGUAGAUUUAAGGGUGUGGAUUAAAGUAUUUAAACUCA